CGACGACGUCACUUUUCCGAUAGAUGGAAUAAAAUAACAAACACACCGUAUCGUAUUAAACUAGAAACCGGACUCUUUUAUAUUCUCUCUCUUUGAAAGUACUACAUCUGGGAUAUUAUUUUCACAACUCGUAAGGAAGGCUUUGUUACUCACCUCUUAAGUGACGGGUUGAAUGCGCGAGAUCACGUGCACACCGGUAUGUCACAGGCGAGAUAUGCCUCUUACUCAGACCUGACCAACCCUGCCUUAAAACAUGCAAUCAAUCAGAAUUGUCUUUCUACCAUACACCUUGCAACACUUGUUGCAGAAUUUGCUCAGGAAGUUGCUAGCGCCUACAAGAUAUUUGCUAAAGACAUACAGAGAAUUGUAUCGCAGUUCCGAGAUAAGAGCGGCGACCUUAAAAAAGAAAGGUUUGUGGACACUCCAAGUACAAUCUACAAUGCCUGGGAAAAUCUCAUUAAAGGAACAGAAUUUGAUGCUCAGGCCCAUCUAGAUGCAGCUGGACUCUUAAUAAAGAAUGUCAGUGAACCGUUACAUGAGGUAUCAAAGUACAAGAAGAGCCAGGCCCAAAAACUGCAGGCAUUUCGAGAAAACUUCGAAGACAUGUUACAUCAGUCAGAGAAUGAGUUCCAGGAGAAGGAGCAGACUUAUAUGGAUGCUUAUGGAGCCUUUAAGAACUGCGGUAGCUUGGACAAUCGUGAAGGACUUAGGCAUGAAUUUCACAACGCACAUAAUGAAUACAUUCUACAAAUACGGGCUUCCAAUCGACUUACCGAUGAUUUUCAGUGCACCAUUCCACAAGUUCUAGAGGAACUUGACGAAAUUUACAUUGACACCAGUAAUACUGUAAAUGUUGCCAUAGAGAGCCAUUCCUUGCUACUUCUCACAAAGGCCAGUGAACAACAACGACAGUUAGAGGCAUUGCUUAAAUGUUGCCGUCAAGUAAACCCCAUGUUGGACAUAUCAUACUUUGUAAAAGCCAUCAAUAUAGACGAUGCUACUGUUACCUUUCAGAGGCAUAGAUUCUGUCCUGCUGAUCACAUGGUUAACAGUACAGAGGAAUCUAUUAUGAACCAUCUGAUUAUUGACCGAAUAACAGAAGUGACGUUACGAGAGCGCCGUGCAGCUUUACAGAAGGAGGCACUAGAGUUGGCAUCGUACAUCAAACAGAAUCAGGACAUCAAUCAUUCCCUAGUAAACAUGUGUCAAAGGAAUUUAGCAAACCAUUUAUAUGCAAAGGUGUAUGAGACACAAGAAGACAUGUGCCGAAAAAGGAACGAAAUUCGUGUGGCGAACUUACAGCUGGGAGUUGUACGAUCACAAAUUGAGUUAUUGACUCCAAAACAGAAUGGCUCUAUGGACGAUGACCAGGAGAAAAAGAACCCAUCUACGAUACGUGGCAUGUGGAAAAAGGCUUUUAAAACGUUGAAAAGCUCAUCCUCUGUUGAAAAACUUUCAAAGAAGAGCAGUUUUAGUAAAAAGAAACAAGGUUCUAAAGAAGCUGAUGAUGAAGUUGAACAGCUGAAUGCAGGUCCAGUUGAUCCAGUAUACAGUCUCCUGAAAUGUGCUGCCGAUCUUCCGCGAUCAGGGGGCAAAUCUCCCUGUCUCAUACAUCAACAUUGUAGCGGGCAACACACACCAGCGUAUGUACGCUAUCCAAGUGGUGGCGAUAGUAGCGGAAAUACAUCCAAAACAUCAAGUCCCUCCUCGUCUGUAUCGCACAGUCCAAAGACGAGGCGAAAGAAGUUAAAUGCUCGCAUGAAAAGCUUUUCACUGGAUACCCCUGAGCCUCCGAAACAGCUUUUGGGUAUUGAUGAGUCAACAAAGAAGAAAAGCAGUUCAUUUACUAACACUUGUUUUGGAGUAGGUACACAGAGUCCUGAGGAGAAGUUGACAUUCUCGGCAUCAAGUUUACGGAAGAAAUUUGCAUUUGGCAAAGCAAGCUCUCUAGAAAUAGAGGAGAAAAAGAAUAGAAGCUUUUCACCGUCGCCAAAAGGUUCACCAAAAUCACAAAGGAAAGAAAUCAAAAACCUAUAUGUAGCAUUAUACAACUUUAAAGCCAAGGAGAAAGAUGAUAUAGAUCUGAGGGCUGGAUGGCGAGUUAAUGUGACAGACAGUUCCAAAAAAGAUUGGUGGAAGGGCAAAACUCAUGGAAGAUCAGGAUAUUUUCCAGCAACCUAUGUGAUACCAUUACAAACAGAUCAGAGGGUCUUCCAGGUGUUACAACCUCUUAAUCUCUCAGAUGGCAAUUAUUCUAUAAAGUUUCAUAAAGAUCAGAUUGUGUUGCAAAUAGGGGAAGAAGUUGAUGGGAUGCUUUUGGUCCGUGCGGCAAACAAUCGCCAGGCAUUAUGUCCGCUCUUAUAUCUCCAGGAAUUAUGAUAGUGGCUUUUACAUAGAAUAGACUUUCAUAAUUCUCAGAACUUACUUCUGGUACACAACAUCGAUGGGUGAUACCUGUAACGGGUAAAAUAGUAGUACAGAUUGGAGUAUACGGAGCAUGUCCAGGAGUUUUCUGAUUCUGACUUUUCUUGAGAUAGACAUUACUUAGUACUUCUGAAACAUUGAGAUAGUAUGUGGCACCAAUACGACUUGUGUCAAGGAAAUCAGCAACAGUUGUCAACUUUAUUAUCUGGCAUUAACAGAUCUGGUAUGUUUGAUAUACUAGCAACAUCAAAUGGACAUACCAUAAUGCUGUUCUGUUAAUCACUGAGUGUGGUACCAGUUAGUGACAAAGUUGUACAUCCUGCGGUAGCUGGAAUAAGUUGAGAAAGUAAAUGAGCCGCACCAUGUGAAAACCAACAUAGUGCAUUUGCGACCAGCAUGAAUCCAAACCAGCCUGCGCAUCCACGCAAUCUGGUCAGGAUGCAUGCUGUUCGCUUUCAAAGCCUAUUGCAAUUAGAGAAACCGGAUGCUGGUCUGGAUCAAUGCUGGUUACAAAUGCACUAUGUUGGUUUUCUCAUGGUGCGGCUCAAAUAUAUGUAGGGGCUCAAAUUCACUGAAGGUUGUUUUGGAUUUGCAGGUGUUUGAAUUCCACUGAGAGAGUUUUAGAUGCAAGGUUGAAUGGAAACAGUACAUGUGGCAUGGAAAACUUUGGUUCCUUGUGUUUUCCAUUUAAGUCCCAAUCUAUAUUCCUUUUAUUGAAACAACCACUGUGUCUUUUAUAGUAAUUUGUUAUCUUGUGUAUGGCUUAAGAUGUCACAUGCAAAAUGAUCUGAAUGUUGAAAGAUCAUUAAUUUUAAGUCACUUGAUUUUUUGAAAGUUUGAGACAUAAGAAUUACUAUCUAAACUCAUUGUUGGGUAAAACACUCCUUUUCAUUUUGCUGCCAAAAACAAAGCCCUAGCUCAUUUUGAAACAAAUAAUUUAUGAAGAAUUUAUUGUUAUAUGUGUUUUGAAUUCAGUUGAUAAUUUUAUACUGUCUGUAUCAAAAUGAAUCAAUUUUGAAUUCAGAUUAGCAUAACUUAGUAGAAUUCUUCUGCAUGAUAGUCAUUUAAUAAUGUUUGAAUUUAUGGGAUUAAUUUCUUUUUUUUCUUGAUUUUAUGCUUUUUUUGGCAAAAGAAUAGUCAACUUUAACAAAAAGCACUUAGUUUAUUCAUGCAUAAAUCCCAUGAAAAAAACGAAAAUUAUUCCUCAAAUAAUCUUCACUAGUUUAAUAUGAGGAUUUUUUUUAAAUGUCUUAUUUUACAAAGACUGUCACGUAAGGAAAAAUAAUAAAUCUAUGACAUUGUGUGUUGUGAUAUUUAUAGAUUUGUUAUUAUUUACAUUAUUUAAAUGUGUAAAAACAGAUAUUGUUUUUCUUUUAUAAAGAACUCACUGUUAUUUAUUGUUCAUGUGUAUUAUGCUGAAUACUUUUAAAGGUUUACAGAGAAAUCAUUAUUCACAGUGGAAUUGUUUUCAUACAUUUUGUUCUUUACAUCAUCCCCAAUCAAACAACUAAAGUUCUCUUUGAAAUUGGAAACCCAGCAAAGCCUUAUGCCAUCAGAAUUAAACGAUUAUGCAGCAUGAUUUGAACAAAUUAAAAUAGGAGCAACUAAGUAGUUUUUGUUAAUAAGUUGUGGCAUAUAAAGGACAUUCUUUAUGUUAAAUUUAGUUUUCAUAUCUUUUGAUUUUAAAUCUUCUAAACCUUAGCCAGUUUCAGUCGUAAUUGAUAAAAAUCAAAAAGUAUUAAAUUGAAAUUUUCUGAAAUGAUGUUAAAAUGUUAGAAUGAGUUUAUAAUUUUAUAUCAUACACACGACUAGUUGUGUUUCUGUGGUUUAUGGCUCGCCCUAGGCAUUGCUUUAAUUUAAAUGCCUUAUCAAAUCUUGAAAAAGAAAAAUCUGUUCAUGAAUUUUUAACAAUAGCCAGGAAGUCAUUGUCCAAAGAUAUUAUUUCAUAGAUUGCCAAAAUCCUGUUGUGAAGACAUAUUUCAUUUUGCAAAUAAUAUGGUAGCACUUUUCUCCCAUAUCCUUAGGACGGCCAGCACAUAUUCAUGCAACCUCGCCAGGUAUAUGUAUGUUUUUGACAACACAGAAAAUGACGUCACUCGACCUUCAGCUAUUUCUGGAAGUAAAUAAAAUGAAAGUAGAAAUGCUAAACUUGAAAACGAAAGCCGCAUUUUGAUUCGUAGGUAGUCAGGGGUCACGCGCAGGGGUCACCCCGUCUAAAUGUAUGCGCGUGGACUUUUUUCUUGCUAUUGGGGAGCCAAUUUUCAGCACUUUAUUACGAAUUGAAAUUACCUGGGCUUUAGUACAGCAUGUCAGCUUUUAAUCUAUGAAAAAGUAUUUGAGCUCUUGAUAAACACAAAUCCCACAGGGGUCCGUAACGGACCAAGGGUACAUUGAUAAUUUUGGAACUUCAUCAAAUCGCUCAAAAUGUCAUUUUUGAUGUUGUCUGAGAGUGUCAGUAUAUGCCUCAGAUGUAAGAUAUAACCGUAUUUGAGAGCUGCAGACCUAGACAUUUCAGAAAUAUUUUCAAAAUAAGUUUCGUGUAAUAAAUGUUGUUUCUAUGGAAGUGUGAAAGGGCCAUCAGACGCUAAUACGUUUUAGUAUGUUAAGGCUGCGGAAAGGAUAUAGUGUAUUACAUAGAAACAUUUGGGAAAAUUUAUUUCAGUCACAUCUUUUACAUAAGAACCUAUCCAGAACACAUGCCCCCACCCCCUAAGUCUGUCAGUCAUUUCAAGUGGGAUCCUGGUAUUACUAUAAAAGUACAAGAUAUGUUUUCACAAAACUUGGUACACAGUUAGAUUGCUAUGUGAAGAAUCUGCAAGUCUGUUCAGCCAUGUGUCUGUCCACCCUUCAAUCACAAAAGAUAGAUCCUGCUUUAAAUUUACAAAAGAUUUUGUCAUUAAAUCUGGUUCAGAGAUAGUGAGUUAUUUGUAGACUAUGCAGUACCUUCAGUUUAGUUUCAGUAUAAAAAGUGUGAUUCUUAUAGCAAGAAAUAUGACAAAAAUAAAUGCCUUUUCUAGUAGGGGACUUUCAUUGCUGGACAAUAGUCUUGUUGUUGCUAAUAUUCUGAAAUUGUACCCACAGGUUAAAACAAAGACAUAAACAUUAUCUACAUUAUGUCAAAAAAUGUACAGUUAGGGCAGGAAUGACUUAACAGAGAUAAUGCUAUUGAUGAUGCCAUUUAAAGACUCGUAAUGCCUUUGCUUAAAAUUUGGCUGCCACAUUUUUAGUUAUGAACAUAAAAAACAUUAAUUUCUUGAUAAAUCCCAUUUCUGAUAAUUACAUGUACUUUCUUUAACAUUAAUAUAAUUUUGUCAAAGGUUUGAACAUUGCUGAAUAUUCUAGAAUGUUUUAUUGAAUCUGUUGUUUUUAUUACCUCCCUUUAAGGUUCUAACUAUAACCAUUCAUGUGCAUUAAAUUAAAAGUAGUGCUUAUCUAACCAUGUAAGUACGCAUAACAUCUAUUUGGAAAGCUGUUUAAUCUGUUUUUUUAGGUUGAAAAUUUAAAGCAUUAUGGGCCUUUAAGAAUAAAGUUGAGGUAAAAUAGUCUACAAUAUAGCCUUCAAACAUUCCAUCAUGAUAUCAUGAUUUGAGCUUAUUUGAAGAUAUAUUAUGCCCAAGAAGUAUUUUAUCAUCAGAAAUUAAUUUAUUAAAGGGGUAGGAAUGUCUGAUCAUGAGUUUGCUUCAUUCAGAAACCAUCAUCCAUGGACUCAUAUCCCUGAAAGGAUUCUUAAAAUUGGACUUGAAAUCUAUAGAAAAAAAUGUUGCAGUUUUAAUGAAACGGCUAAUCAGGAGGCAGCUGUUUAGAUGUUUAUGACAUCACUUACACACUGCUGAAUUAUUCAUUUAGCAAUAGAUUAAAUUCUACAGCUUCUUGUAUAUAUGAAAGGUGUAAAUCAUGAUACUUCCUUCAGUUUUAAAUGGAAAAAGGAGAGAAAUCAUUCUUUAGAAUCAAGGAAAGAUAGUUCAGGUAUUAUAUCUAAAACUCUAUCAGACCUUUAAUUUUGUUUUCUGUUUCCAUGGAAACAAAAUCUUUUGCUCAGAUAUUUAACUGCUCCUAGUUUUCUCGUUUUUAAAAUGAUUUUGAGAAUUCUUUCAUUGCCUUAAAUAAUUCAGAAAGACCUUUCAAACAUAGUGAACAUUAAGACAGCACUGCAGUUUCCAAAUGAAAUCUUGAAGAUCUUUGCUGCAAUCAUAGAAUGUAAUGUUGUCAAAACUGUUCAUUAAAAAAAAAAAUUUCUUUUAGGGGUGGGGGGGGGCAGAGUAUUUACUUUAAGAUAAACUAAUCUAACACCAAGUUUCAGUCAGUCCUUAAUAUGAGAAGCCUAACAAAUCAGUUUCAAAAAGUUGUUCUUUCUCCUUCAUCGGUCUUUUUUUGCAUUAUCAACGUAGUCAUACUUGAACUAGCACAAAUUGAUAUAAUUAUAAUAUGCAAAUUAUUUAUUAUAGAACACAAUAAUCAGCACUGGAAGCUGUCUACCAGGGGUUUUUAAUUUGGAUCUCACACAGUUGGACCAGACUAAUGACUCCUGACCUAAUCAUAUGCACACAAAGGGCCUUAAUUAGUGUCACAUCUACUCAAAAAGUAUUUAACCUAGUAUUAUGAAAAAUUACAGCAUGCGAAGUUGUGCAUCUGGACUUUUGUUAGAGAUAUCACUAAGACAGACCAGAGUUAUGGCCCUUGACUUAGUAAAAAAGUAUGCAUGAAAAGGCAUGAAAGUUAUGUCGUACAUAUCUCAAAAAGUAUAUGAUACAGGGUCAUGAAAUGUGGAAUUGUGCACUUGGGAUUUAGUUAUGGAUUGUUUUCAGUUAGACCAGAGUUAUGGCCCUUGAUUGUCAACAAUAUGCAUUUUAUGGCCCUUGAUUGUCAAAAAUAUGCAUAAAUGGGGUACAAAUUUGUGUCAUAUGUAUCUCAAAGAGUAUUUGACUUAGAGUCUUAAAACAUAAGGGGAUUGUUAUAUAGCGUGUGAAGGUGUGCAUCUGGUGUUCUGUUUGGGAUUUCACUCAGCCAGAUUGGAGUUAUGGUCAUUGACUUAGUGAAAAAUACACAUGCUUGUAUUGCAUAUAUCUUAAAAAGAAUUCGCCAAGAGUCAUGAAACCAUGUAGGAAUAUUAUCCAGCAUGUGAAUUUGUGCACCUGAGUUUUUUGGGAGUUUUGUUCUCUUUGCAAGACCAGAGUUACUGUCCUUGAUUUAGUCAAAAAAUAAAAGUUUGUGCUGCAUGUAUGUAAAAAUGUACUUGACCUAGAGUCAUAAAACAUUAGAGGAUUGUUUUAUAGCCUAUGAAGUUUUGCACCAGGUGUUCUCUUCUGGAUUUUACUCAGCUAGGCCAGAGUUAUGGUCCUUCACUAAGUGAAAAAUACACAUAAUGUUCUUAAAAGUUUGUGUUGCAAACAUCUUAAAAAUGUUUCACCUUGAGUCAUGAAUCCAUGUACAGUGACAGGAGUGGGGGGCACCAGUCCUGUGUCCUGUGGACAAAAACAUCUAUUUUUCUAUCUAUACAUGGCAGUUUUAGCCUUUUAAAAAGUUGUAUAUCAGAAAUGACAUUAUAGAAUAAAACUAUUUUUAGGGGAAAAACACUUAAAAUACUUGAAAAAUACAUGUACAUUUGCCAGUGUAUAAUUUUACACACACAAAAAAACGCAUAUCAUGCUUUAUUGACACAUAUUAGCUGAGAUUAGUUUAAGAUAUCAGUUUUAACAAAUGACCAUAACAGAUCUCUGCCCCAUCAGUUUUCUAAAAGCUUUGAGUUAAGCAUACUUUGUUGAGCUACAUGUGUAGUAUUUUAAACCUUACAUACAGUUACUAACUGUGUAUACACACAAGAAAGUUUUAUUCUAUGUUUAACAUAGAUGCUAUUUAGUAAUUGGUCAUAUUUUCAAGACUGUAUAAAAUUUGGGCAUAAUAUAUCUUUGAAUUUUCUAUUUUAUGUUUAGAAAAUUUGAUGUAACUUUCUGUACAUAAAACCAAGUUUAGCAUAAUAAUUGUAUGCUCAAGAAAAAUCCACAUUCAUAGUUUGUUGUUGUGUAAAUUGUUACAAUUGUCAGUGUGUUGUUUUGUUGAUAAACACAUUCACGUGCUGCAAUUCAUUCAUGAUGCAUAAAAACAUUAUAUGACUUGAAUAUAAGAAAAUUAAAAUUUUAUCCUAACAGUAAGCUUAACAUUCAACUUGUUAAGUAAAUUUAAAACAAUAUAUUCUGUUUUUGGUAAAAAAUUGAGGAAGACAGAUGUUGAAAUAUUUCCAUACUGUUUACACUAUAACAGUUUUAGCAGAAAGUUUUCUUGAAGGUAGUCAUUUUUACCUACCUGUAUUAAAAAAAAAAGUAACUUAAAACCAUGAAAGAAAAAGAAAAAUUGUUUUAUUUUAAAUGUAAAAGCAAAUAUCACCUGUUGAUCUUAACUUAAGUUUUCACUUGCGAUUUGUUACUUUAUGAUGACUGUGCCACUCAUGAAUGUAUUGCAUUUUGUGUUCACUCAGUAACAGGUAUUUCAGUCUUGCACUAAAAAAAAAUCCUCCAUAAUAUUUUUAAAAUAUAUCUGUUAGAUGUAGUAAUUCCUGUUUUAGGGAUAUAAUUGUUCCUGUUUCAGGGAACAUGUACUUUAAGAAGAAUUUGAAAUCUGUUUAAAAGAAGAGAGAAUCUGAUGAACUUAAAUUUUAUAAAGUUCCUUAACCUUUAGCCUGCUAUCAGCAAGGCUGAUCAUGGUCUGCACUGUUUGCUAUUCAUUCAGUAAAUUUUCAUUGAACAUACCUUCAAAUAAUAAAUAGUACUGCCAAAUUGAAUAAUGGAUCAGUCUAUUUUAGAAAUUUAGCAGGCUAAAGGUCACUGUAAAUCGGGUUAUUUUCAUGAUGUUUUUAUUAUGAAGGAGGGGUAUAUUGUUUUGCAGAUGUCGGUCGGUCGGUCUGUAUGUAGACCAACCUGUUUCCGAAUGAUAACUCAAAAAUGCUUUGGCCUAGGAUCACCCCUAUUGAUUUUGAGAUCUGUAUGUCAAAGGUCAAGGUCACAGUGACCCUGAACAGUUAAAUGGUUUCCGGAUGAUAACUCAAGAACGCUUGAGCGUAGGAUCAUGAAAGUUGAUAGGGGGGUUGAUCAUGACCAGCAGAUGACCCUAUUGAUUUUGAGGUCAGUAUGUCAAAGAUCAAGGUCACAGUGACGCGCAACUGUUAAAUGGUUUCUGGAUGAUAACUCAAGAUUGCUUGGGCCUAGGAUUAUGAAAGUUGAUAGGGAGGUUGGUCAUCACCAGCAGAUGACCCUGAUUGAUUUUGAGAUUAGUAGGUCAAAGGUCAAGGUCACAGUGACCAGGAACAUUAAAACGGAUUUAGGGCAAUGUUUCAAGAACGCUUGGGCCUAGGAUCAGGAAAAUGGAUAGGGAGAUUGGUCAUGAUUAGCAGAUGACCCCUAUUGAUUUUGAUGUCAUUAGGUCAAAGUUCAAGGUCACAUUGGCCAGGAACAGUUAAAUGGUUUCUGGACGAUAACUUGAGAACACUUAGACCAAGGGUCCUGAAAGAUGAUAGAGAGGUUCAUCAUGACAAGCAGAUGAUCCCUAUUGAUUUUGAGGUCAGUAGGUCAAAGGUCAAGGUUACAGUGACCCAGAACAUUUAAACCAUUUCAGACAAUUACUUGAGAACACUUGGGCUUAGGAUCAUGAAACUUGAAAGGGAGGUUGGUCAUGACCAGUAGAUGACCCCAACAGAUUUUGAGAUCAGUAGGCCAGAGAUCAAGGUCACAAGUUAAACCCUUUCCAGACGAUACCUUGAGAACACUUGGGCCUAGGAUCACGAAACUUAAUAGGGAGGUUGAUCAUGACCAGCAGAUGACCCCUGUUGAUUUAGAGGUCAGUAGGUCUAAGGUCAAGGUUACAUUGAACCAGAACAGUAGAACUUUCGUUUACAGUGACAAAUAAUUUCUGUUCCUUGUGCAAUUAUUGAAUGCAUCAAGGGUGCAGGGGGGGGGGGCAUUUCGUGUUCGACGAGCGCUUGUUUUCUCUAAUAUUUGCGAAAAAUACCACCCACAAAUUCAAAAUAUUCUUGAAUGUGCAUCUACGUCAUGUCCUAAAACAUAAAGACUCCUUUUUUUUUGAAUUCUUAAUACUGGUAACUGGUAAACCCUUGCCAUGCUGGACACGACUGAUUCUGCCUUUGCGAACAGUGUAGAUCGUGAUCAGUCUGCACAUCCCUGAAGUCUCAAGAUCUGCACAGUUCAUGAUUCAGUCAGUAUCUUUUUGGUAAGCACCCUUUUUAACAGUUAAUGGUACAAGUAGACAAGUUCAUUAUAGAAAUUUAGCAGGAUGAGGGUUAAGUGAAAUUGCUGAAUAAAACAGAUAGUUGCAGAUAUUGUUAAUUUCAUUGAAAGAAAUUUGUUUAGAUGUAUAUUAUGUGCAUAACUCAAAACAAUGUAUGACUUAACCAUCACCAGUUGUUUUGUAGAAUUAGUUUUAUCUGUUAUUUUGUCCUUUACACCUUGUCAAUAAGUAAAAAUAAGAGGGAAGAGAUAGGUUUAGUUUUUGUGUUACAUAACUUCAGAAAGAAAAAUAAUUUAAAAAUUUUAAUUUCUGGUACUUUAAGAAUGGCAGUAGCAAAUGAUUGUUAAAGUUAUGAGCUGUUUGUGAUAAAGUAUGACACUCAUAUUUUCUACAUUAUCCUAUGCAGUUGUCCAAGUCUUUUUGGAAUUUAAAGUUAACUUAUAUCAUUAUACACACCAGAAUAAUUUGAGGAUUAUCCGGUAAGACAGUGAUAUUCUCACUGUAUAUAGUUCUUUAUAAAGCAUGUUUAAAAUUUGUAGAGUUCCACUAUAAAACUAAAGUGAGGACUGUUUGAAGGGUGUAAUAUUGUCAUAUGUUAGGAUUGGCCUUAUUGAUAAGACAUACUCUGUGGUAAGACUGACUCAGCACUAAGCCCUACUCAGUGGUAGGACACACUCAACAAUAAGACUGACUGUGGUAUAACUGACUCUGAAAGGUUGACUCAGUGGUAAGACAUAUCCAAAAGUAAGACUGACCCAACUGUAAGACCCACUCAGUAGUAGGACUGACUCAGUUGUAGGACACACUUAGUAGUAAGACCUAUGGUAAGACUGACUCAAGGUAAGACCCUCUAACUAGUAGGAUUGACUACCUGUAUGUGGUAAGACUGACUUAGUAGUAAAACUUACUCAGUGGUAAGACUGACUCAGUAGUAAGACUGCGUGGUAACACUUAACUCAGUAAUAAGAC